GUCAGAUGUUGGCAUAAGCCACACCCACUGCUGUGUUCUUUCUCAGCCUCGCCCUAACAUUUAGCAACAAUUUUAUCUCUUUUUUUUCCGCAGAGAUGUCUUGGAGUGACAAAACUGAUGAUGAGCUCAGCCAGCUGCUGACUGAAUAUGACAUUAACCAUGGACCCAUAGUGGGCUCCACUCGAAAGCUGUAUGAGAAGAAGCUUGAAGAAGCUAUGGAGAAAGCCGGACCAAAAGCCUCCUCUGAUAAGACCUACUACAGAGAGGAAGAGGAGGAGAUUACCUACAUUACAUACCACACUCCGCUCAAACAUGAAGCUUAUGGAGACAUGUUAAAACACAGAGGAAACUGA